AACAAUACCGCAUGUUGUGAACUUAUGAUCAGAACUUCACUGACAGGGAUCUCGAGGACAGCCAUUUAUUCCCAAAUUUCGUCACUUGAAGGAUUAAUUGUAAGUACUAUCCAAAAUUUGACUUCAAACUUCGGUUCUCUGAGCGAAGUUGAAAGACCAAAAUCAGCGACGGUGACAAGUCUUACUCGGAACGGCUUCCUGUUUAGGUGAUCUAGUUUCGUUUAUAGGUGAUCUAGAUUUUACUAACAAGUUACUGUGACCUAAAUUAGGCCUUUCAAAUUUUGAUCAAUAUAAGAGAUUUUCGCGACACCGGUGGUUAGUGUGUGGUUGGCGGAGACGGUCUUCUUGAAGAUGGGAAAUGGAAAUACAAAAGCCACUACUCUACGACAAGUAGUACUUGCAAACCAAAAAUUCCGUCAGGCUUUGCAGCUUUGGGAAGACGACCGCCCCGAGAGAGAGCCAUGGAGAACCAUUCUCCGCAAAGCUCCAUCGGUUGUUUACCGCAAACGGAAGGAGUUACUUCAAAACGAAGACGAAGAGUUGGUGGAGUAUUUCAACAACCUGCUUCAAGGAAAAAUCAAACCAGAUUCAAGAUGGAGUCUUCCAUCAAAAGAGAUCGCUAUAUUUUUGAGCUCAACUUUCACGGACAUGAGUACGGAAAGAGAUUUACUAAUGGAAGACGUGUAUCCAUAUUUGCGAGAAUUUUGUCGACGGCUUGGCUAUAAUUUUAGUGUAGCUGACAUGCGGUGGGGAGUGCGUGACGAAAUGACAGACGAGCAUCAGGCGGUUGAAAUUUGUGUGACAGAAGUUCAGCGAUGCAGGAAGGAGUCCAUAGGACCGUACAUGGUUUGUAUUAUUGGUGACAAGUAUGGCUACAGACCAAUCCCAAACAAGAUUGAUAAGGAAGUGUUUCAGAUGCUUUUGAGCAGCGUCAAGAGUCAGCCAGGCAGCAAAAGCGCAUCUGAACUGUUGGAAAAAUGGUACAAACUGGAUGAGAACAGUUUCCCUGCGGCUUAUAUUCUACUUCCUGUGUCGACGUAUUACCCACACGCUUACAAGAAUUCCGCUGGGGUAGAUACGAUGACGAAGGCAAGACAAGAAAGAAAUCAGUGGUGGCAGAAUCUGGUAACUAUGAGAGAAGCUUUGAAAAAGGCUGCGAGUCAGAUAGACGUUACAGCUUUUCCCCUUUGCAACAUGACAGAGGAAGAUUUUAAAAUAUCAGUGACAGAGGAAGAAAUUAUGACUGGGAUUAGAGGAGAAGACAUGGAUCCCAAUUACAUGUUCCUUUUUUUACGGUCCCUCAAUGGAUUAGACGAAAUUGAUCCAAACAACAAUGGUUUCGUCAAUCGCUAUGUAGACGUAGAGGAAUGCGGACUUCAAUCGCACUCCACAAAUCGAAAUGAUGCAAAAUGUUCGCUACAGAGGCUUAGAGAUAGCUGUCAAGAAUUUAUGCCAAGUGCCAACAUCUUCAGAUACAGCUUAACUUUACACGUUACGAAAGAUGGUCAUAUAGACGUGAAAAGGAACAAAGAAGAAGUAAAGAGUUUCUGCGACAAGUUCUGUCAGUUUAUGGUCGAUGGCAUCCAGGAAGCUGUGGCUAAACAUAAGGUGAUUGAUGACCCUUUGUAUCUCGAAGUUCUUAACCACGCGACCAUGGCAGAGAAAAGAACAGAGGCAUUCGUUGGUAGGAAACAUUUUCUUGAAAAGAUGGAAGGUUACCUAAAGAUGGAUAAUGGUGGAAAGCCUUUUAUUGUGCAUGGUAUUUCCGGAUGUGGAAAAACGUCCCUUAUGGCCAAAGUGUACGAUAUGUCCAUUGAAAAUUGGAGUGGAGUAGAAACUGGCAGGCCAUUUCAUUUCAUACGAUUCAUUGGCACUUCACCCUUUUCGUCUGAUGUAAGAUCUCUGUUGAGGAGCCUGUGUCAGCAGAUGUGUUUGGUGUUGAACGAUACAUCAACAGUUAUUACCGACAACUGUGAGCGACUGGUGGCAACAUUUCGCUCUCUUCUCCAGAGAGCCACACCAGAAAAUCCGAUAGUUUUAUUUCUCGACUCACUGGACCAGUUGUCAGACCAAGAUGAUGGACGUGCAUUAAGAUGGCUUCCCACGAGCUUGCCAAAAAAUGUCCACAUUGUGGUGAGCACCCUUCCCAAUACAGGAGGGUGCCUUGCUGUACUAAAAACCAAACUAAAACCAGAGAGCAAUGCUGACUUUUAUCUUGAGGUUUCAUGCUUGGAAUCGAGUGAUGCUGAAAGCAUUCUAGAUAUGAGAUUAGAAAAAGAGAAAAGGAGACUCACAGCACAGCAAAGAUCUCAAGUAUUAGAAACCUGCUCCAAGCCAACAGCACUUUACAUGAAACUAGCUUGUGAUACAGCUCUUCGUUGGAAAUCGUUCACUGAAAACACUCACAACGAAUUAAGACCGACUGCGACGGAGCUGAUCAUACAGCUUUUUGAACGCUUGAUCACAGAGCAUGGGGAAAAGUUUGUCCGUAGGGCUUUAGGUUACAUUACAGCUUCUAAAACGGGUCUUUCGAAGUCAGAACUGGAAGAUAUCUUGUCAUGUGACGAUAUCGUUCUCGCCGAUGAGGUUUUUAAAUACCACGUGCCACCAAUCAGAAGGCUGCCUCCUCUACUGUGGACUCGACUCCGCAAUGACUUAGGCAGUUAUCUGGUGAAAGUAGCAGCAGACGGUCACGUGGUAUACAAGUGGUAUCACAGAUUGUUUCUGGAGGCAGCAAGAAAUUAUUUCUUGAGUGACAAGCCUUUUACAGACUCGCUUCACAGGGAUUUAGCAAAUUACUUCAAUGGCAGGUGGGCGCGGGAAGCCAAGCCAUAUACAGACAAAGAUGGAACAAUACGAAGUGCGUUUAGAAUGGUGGCAGAUCAACCACUGGUAUUAAGUAAUGAAGACUCAGAAAGUAGAAUGGAUUCCGAAGAUGAAGAGACUAGACCAAGAUACAACUUGCGCAAGCUAAGCGAGUUACCUUACCAUUUGAUCAGAUGUGACAUGUGGAAUGAAUUUGUGGAGAUUGUGUGUCAGAUUCCAUGGCUGAUGGCAAAGUGUAAGGCCGGCAAAGCAUUCGAACUGACCCUUGAACUCUCUGAGGCAUCUUUGAAGUGCAGCAAUGACAACUCAGUCAUAAUAGAGGACGUAUACAGUUGCAUUCGAGCCAAUGCUCAACAGCUGAGUCAGUUCCCCGAGCUUGUACCACAGCUUUGCCUCAAUGAACCUGAUAUUUCAUAUUGUGCUACUAUGGCCAAGACUUAUUUGGAAACAGCCAACAAAGCUGAAGGCGCCAAGAUCACUCUUUGGAGAGAUUUAACGAAGAUGGAGUCUCGUAAGAUCAACGUAGCAUCAUUUAAGCAUCCAGCUGGAGUCAAGAAAUGUGUUUUCUCAAAAGGCUGCAAAUAUCUGGCCACGUACGCUACAGAUGGUGUGUUGCGUGUAUUUAUGGUCGCGAGUGGCUAUACCGUCAUGACAAAGCAUUGUGAAUGUCAGGUGAUAUCAUUUCCCGCCAGCAUAGACCAGUGCCAUUGGGUUGCAAUUGCUGGUUCACACUCUAUUGUCCGUUACGGCCUGGGCACUGGUGGCCAACAUGAAGGGACAACUCUACAGGAGAUAAACGUUGACUGCGAAAUUGACGAUAAAGCGAGCAUUGUCAGUACCAAGAAGGGCAAGGCUUGGGAGAUAUUUCUGGCAACAUCACAUGGAAAACUACGUUCCUAUAGCACGUCACCUUCCUCUAAUGGACAGCCUGUUAUGAAAGAGGAACUCCCGAGGAGGCCAAAGGUUCUAACGAUUUCUCCUGACGGUAACUCAUUAGCUUUUGGAUCAGACAAAAUGUAUUUGUGGAGCCCGAAAACUCAUAAGGAUGUGAGAGUCUUCGAAACUGGUAAGAAGACUGCUCCUAAAAUGGAUGGUGCUACCAUAAGUUUUUCGAGGAAGGGUGCAAAAUUAGGAGCAGUGUUGUCAAAUGGAACCUACAUAUGGAAUAUUCAAAGUGCAAAACUCCUGAAGACACUCGCCAUGAACUGUUUGGGUGUCGAGUUUGUCGUGUUUUCUCCAGACUUCGGCCACAUUGCUACUCAGGACCUCAAAGACAAGGAACAUCUCCAGGUAUUAUGCAUGGCACCCAAACCGUAUGAUAAAAGUCCGGAGUGGGAAACACUGACUGGCCACUCGGGUGAAAUUCGAACCUGCUGUAUCGGGAACAGAGAAAGCGGUCAUCCCUUGAUUGCAACAGCCUCAGAUGACAGCACCGUUCAGCUGUGGGAUACGAGAAACAUGCCCUCGCCCAGAGUAGUCAAAUUACCGAAUCACAACAGUCCCGUUCAAGAGUGUACGUUUUCCAACGACAAUAGAUUAGCAGUAAGUUGUUCCUUGACUGAGACAUGGGUUUGGCAGGCACAGUCACCUGUACACCGACUGCAUCGGUUACACCCUGCCUCUGACAACGGAGCCAGUGGCACCUGCCCCUGUUUCUCUGAAGACACCUCAUUCGUAUCAGUGUUUGUUGAGACUGGCGUGGAUGUGUGGCAUCUGAAGUCAGGCGUUGACCCUCAUGGAUCUGACAGGAGUCUUCUCAUGGGAGCGCACAGAACUCUCACUUUUCUAACUGUUCGACACCUCUUCACUAAAUUCACAUCUGAUGGCUUGUACACCUGCCUGUUCACGGAGAGUGAGCCAGAAACUGUGAGACUCUAUCUUGCUAUCAAUAAAUACAGUUUAGAGAAAUGGGCAAAACAUGAGCUCAAAGAUCCACCGCCAAAGGAUCUGAAUGAAAGGGAAGCAUUUGAACAGAGAUUUUCGGUGGACAGUGGAAAUCAGAUCACAGAAGCAGCCAUUUCAAACACAUGUGGCAGACUUGUGGCUAUAAGUGUACCAAGACAAAGUAGUUCUCAGGAUUGGAUGAAAGGACCUGCUGAGGUUCACUUGUGGGACCUAAACAACCACACUAACUGGAAAGUCCAAAUAUCCUUACAUCCCACCAUCAUUCGCCGGGUGAAAGUUGGUUGCGAAUACCUGGUGACAUUUGUUCAGUGUCGUAACAAUGUAACUGCUUCUCAAAAAGUUAGGAGCGGCAGGACAAAGAGGAGAUCUUCCUACAGUGUUUCGUCCGUCGCUGAUGAAGGUAUUUUUCACGUCAUAGAUAGAGAAGGAUUGACGGUUCAGACAUUUCAGAUUCCUGGGCAAUUUUCUGGCUUGAGCGUGGUUAAUGGUGAAUCUUGUCUGCGAAAGAUAUCAGAGGAACUUUUGACUUACAGUUUACAAGAGGGUGUUGUUAAAGCGCAAGAGGUCAGAUCUAAUAAAGUAAUGGGAACCUUCACAGUCAACAACACGGAAAUAACUGCCGUGAACAUCUCGUCAAAGGGAAAAUCUGCUGUUGUGGGCUGCGCAAAUGGAAAUGUGCACAUUAUCGAGAUGAUUUAGAGGAAUAUACAACACCUUCAACCUUUUUGUUUUUCAACUAAUCCAACACCAUUGUUUUCUCGUAUUUCAUUGCGCAAUAUACUUAAAACUAACUUUUAACAAUUAUUCGCCGAAGUGGAGGUAAAUAGUGGUGGAUACUUUCCGAGGCGCGAAUAACUGUUUUGGUAUAAACCAUACAGGAACCAAAACAAUCAGUACAUUUCUUUCAAAUAGCAAAAAAUUAUUGGAAAUUAAUGAUUGACGCGCGAGAUUGUCUCUUUGGCUGCUCGGAGGUGAAUAGUACUUGCUAAUCUCUUCCGAAACAGCCAAUCAGCGCGCUCGAAUAACACUACUCACCUGUGUGGUAAUUUCUAAACGAUGAACGAGGUGUUUUAUUGACACGAUAAUCGUCAUCACAGAGUUCAAAAUGUUGUGGACUCACGAGGCGCAGCAGUCCACGCUAACCCACUCUCAAUUAGUUUUUAUUUUUUUAUUAUUUUAUUACAAUAUCGAGGUCAAAUAGAAGGAUUCUCCUAGCGCAUGACCAACCUCGUGACACGGUGACGUGACAGCGUUGUCUGUGCUCUUAUCGACAACGACAAAUUGGCCAAUCAGAUUGUGACAUUACUGUAACUAUGAUAAACAUAUUAAUAUAUUCACAGUAUUUAACUGAUUUAUUUCGUUGCAACCAUGAGUUCUAGAUCGUAGCGCGCUGAUGUUAACCUAUAAAACAAAAGCGCAUAAUUUUCGUGUCGAAUUAUUCAUUUGUAAGUAUCAACCGGAGUUCCGGAUAAAAUAACACAAAAGUGACAAAAACGAUUACAGGAAACAAAAACAGAAUUAAAUUCUCU